CGCUAGCGGGCGGUGCGUGAGGCGCUCUGUUCCGCUUCCUGGUCCGGUGGGCUUGGUCCGGGAGGCCAGACAUGAAGAUCACGAGGCAGAAACACGCCAAGAAGCAUCUCGGCUUCUUCCGCAACAAUUUCGGAGUUCGCGAGCCCUACCAGCUGUUGCUCGACGGCACCUUCUGUCAGGCGGCGCUGCGGGGCCGCAUCCAGCUGCGGGAGCAGCUGCCCCGCUACCUCAUGGCCGAGACGCAGCUGUGUACCACCAGGUGGGGGCCGGCGGGGGGAGGAGCUGAGUCCGCGGCUCGGGUUCCAGGUCGGCACGGGGUGGGAGAGACGAGCCCAGCGGCAGGUAGCCGUUGUGCACUUUCCUUCACAACAACUUCAGUUGAAAUCAUUUAACUGAAAAAUUUCUUUUCUUUUUAACAGGAUCAAAAUUUGUCAGUGAAAAUCAAGAAAAGGCCUGGAAUUCCUCUCCUGUUCAUUAUACAGAACACGAUAGUUCUGGACAAACCUUCGCCUAAAACCAUCGCCUUUGUUAAAGCGGUUGAGGCAGGUCAGCUUGUCUCCGGACAUGAGAAGCAGAGCAUCCAGCAACUCAAAGAAGAGCAGGGGCUAGCCAAGAAGCCUGAGCAGAGGAGGAGAAGGCGCAAAAAAGUCAGUGGCCCCAAUCCUCUUAGCUGUCUGAAGAAAAAGAAAAAAACACAAGAUACAAAACCAUCUUCUGCUUCUGAAAAGAAAAGAAAAAGAAUCCGGAACAGAAACUCCUCCCCAAAAGUGCUUUUGGAAAAACAGAAUGCAGAAGGGUAACAACUCCUGUGGAUGCUUAAAAGACUUUCAAAUGUAAAAAAAUAAUAAUUUAAAGUUGUGGAAGUGUACUUGUCAUAAAAGACAAACCUUAUUUUUAUAAAGGAGCAUGGGCCCAUAAGCCUCUGCCUACAAUUAUUUGUAAAAUAAAGAGUGAACGGCUUCAGGUGGAACAUUAUUCACAUUUCUUACUGAGUGAUUUUGGGAAUGGUUUUGAAGCCAAAACAAUUAUCUGUACCUCCCCACCCCCGUUAUUCUACAAAUAAAAUUGUUAUUAAGAGCUUGUGACAGAAAAGAGCUUUGGGCUUCCUUCUGGGGAGAAUAGAAAUAUUUGUUUACUUAGUCUCCUCCCAUUCUGACAGUAUGUUAAUAUUUAGAUCUUUAAACACAUUUUCAUUAUGACGUAAACAUUGUUCACUGCUGAACUAAGUAGCAAUCUGGCGCCUCUGGAAAAUAACAGUCCAAAACAAACCAAAAAGCACGGCGCAGAUUUCUGAAGAUUGGGAGUAAAGUCUUAUGUGCUCUUCUAAAGAUAAUGAUUUCCAUUUUGAAAAACAGCUACCAGCAUGCCCCUGAGCCCUAAUAAAGACUGAGUGUUUUAACCAUGGA